GAUCAAAACCAAACUGAAAGCCGAAGCUGGAGGGAGAGCGCACCAGCGAAAUCUCCAUUCGAAUAUCUCCUCCCCUCGGCCCCCUCCCUCCCACCCCUCGCCAUGCUGCCGUCGCACCUCAACGGCCACUCCCCGCUCGCGCGCCGCCGCCCCCAGCUCCCCGCCGCCUCGCCGCCCGCCGCCACCGGGGACCCCCCGACGGCGGGGGACGCCGCGCUGGAGGCGCACGACCGCGUCUACUUCCAGUCCUACUCCCACAUCGGCAUCCACGAGUCCAUGAUCAAGGACAGGGUCAGGACCGACGCGUACCGCGAAGCAAUCAUGCACCACCAGAAGUUCAUCGAGGGGAAGGUCGUGAUGGAUGUGGGGUGUGGGACUGGGAUACUCUCGGUGUUCUGCGCUCGUGCCGGCGCGAAACGAGUAUAUGCUGUGGAUGCUAGUGAAAUCGCUACCCAGGCUAGUGAAAUUGUAAAAGCAAACAAUUUGGCUGAUAAGAUCGUGGUCAUUCAUGGACGUGUUGAGGAUGUUGAUAUUGAGGAGAAGGUUGAUGUAAUAAUAUCAGAAUGGAUGGGCUAUAUGCUUCUCUACGAGAGUAUGCUGCCAAGCGUUCUAUUUGCAAGAGAUAAAUGGCUUAAACCAGGGGGUCUUAUCCUACCUUCUCAUGCUACGCUUUUCAUGGCACCUAUAACAAAUUCUGAUAGAUAUGAAGGAAGCGUUGAUUUCUGGUGUGAUGUUUAUGGCAUAAACAUGUCUGCUCUUGUGCCACUUGCCAAAAAAUUCGCAUCCGAGGAGCCCUCCAUUGAAAUAGUUGGUGGAGAAAAUGUUAUAAGUUGGCCAUUUGUGGUGAAGCACAUUGAUUGCUACACUUCUACGGUUGAGGAAUUCAAGUCUAUCACCACAGCAUACAAAGUUUCAUCAAUGAUGUUAGCUCCAAUUCACGGCUUUGGUCUCUGGUUUGAGGUGGAGUUCAAUGGGCCUGCAGAGUCUUGUAGCAAUUUGUCCUCUGAUUCGAGUCCACUUGAUAUUGUUCAGAAGAAAAGGCGCAGGGCAUCAGAUAGCACAGUUGUGCUGUCCACAGCCCCAGAAGAUGAGCCAACCCAUUGGCAUCAGACAAUUUUGUACUUCCCUGAUCCUAUAGGUGUGACGCAAGAUCAAAUCAUAGAAGGCUCUGUAACAAUCACCCCGAGCGAGGAGAAUCCACGCUGUCUGAAUAUUCACUUGGAGUGCUCCACGGGAGGUCAAAACUUGGUGCAGGAUUUCGCAAUGCGGUGAUUGGCGUGGUUCCUCAACCUGUCAGUUGAAUUACGGGGUAACUAGCCCGUGGGCCCAAGGCCUAACCCACAUUCCCCACUGACCCGAACCGGACCCAAGACCUGGUUGUACUCUCUACUCCAUUGGUUAAAAAAAAACCCUACCCCAUUUAGUAGGCACAGGGCCAGGAUUUUUUGGUCGGAGCAAGUUGCAGGCAGCCGCCCUGUACUUUUGUUAUUGUCUGGUAAUCAUUUUUUUUGCUGCAACAGUAGACGAAGGCGGUAGUUUGUCUAAUAACUGGCUGCAACAUUUUUUUGAGAUUAUGUUGAAGUAUAAUUUUGGCGUGA